UCUAAAAGUAUACAUCGUUUUAAAAGAAGAAAAAAAACUCUUAAAAGUAUCCAAUAUCCAAUAAACGAUUUUAUUGUAUUUUUAUUGAACACUGUAAAUUGAUUAUUAUAAGUUAUUUGCAAGAAUUUGAGAAAUUAUUUAUUUUCAUUAAUAUAUGCAAAAUUUUAUUGUUUUUAUUAAAAAAGGCCUAUUUUUUAAUUGAGGAAAUAUCGUCAACUAGAAAGAGCAGGAAAAAAAAAAAAAGAGGCGAGCCUUUCACCAUGGCUAUGAUGUCAUCGUCACCACCACUACACGUCGGAGACCGCCAUCCACCUCCGCCUCUACUUCACUCGACCAGCACCAACGUUCAACUCGUCGCAAAUUGUGAGCUUCCUCGCCGACAACACUCCAACCGUUUGUCUCAAAAGAUCGAUCGUCUCUGCCAAUUGAAAAACCUCACCGGAGCUCUGACUUUGCUCCACGACUCGCCUUCUGAACUUACAGAAACCGCCAAAGCAACCGGUAUUCUACUGCAGGCAUGCGGUGGCGACAAAGACAUCGAAACCGGCCGGAAAGUCCACCAACUGGUUUGGUCAUCGCCGCACUUGAGAAACAACUCAAUCCUCAACACUCAAAUUAUCACGAUGUACUCCGUUUGUGGAUCUCCCUCCGAUUUACGAAUCGUUUUCGAACAACUAGAGAACAAGAACUUAUAUCAAUGGAACGCAAUCAUCAACGGAUACUCUAGAAACGAUCUCUGUGAUGAUGCGAUUCUUGUCUUUUCCCAGUUUUUGCAAACAGAGCAUAUACCUGAUAAUUUCACCUUGCCUUGCGUGAUUAAAGCUUGUGUCGGAGCUCCGAAUUUGAUAUGUGGUCAGGUGGUUCACGGUAUGGCCGUGAAGACAGGUUUGAUCUCAGAUGUCUUUGUGGGUAAUGCGUUGGUUGCAAUGUAUGACAAGUUUGGAUUUGUAGAUGAUGCAGUCAAGGUGUUCGACUUUAUGCCUGAAAGAAACUUGGUCACAUGGAAUUCAUUGAUUUCAGUGUUCUCAAAUAACGGAUUUUCUCAAAAAAGUAUCCAUCUGUUCAUGGAGUUUCUGGUUGCCGGAGAAAGUUUGACACCUGACGUUGCUACAUUAGUAACUUUGCUACCAGUUUGUGCUUCUGAAAGAGACAUCUUGUUAGGAAAAACCAUCCACUCUUUGGCUGUGAAAUUGGGCUUGUAUCAUGAUUUGAUGAUUCAAAAUGCAUUGAUGGACAUGUAUUUGAAAAACGGAUACAUGUUAGAAGCCCAUAUCAUUCUUGAUAAAAUAAAAAACAAGAAUGUGGUUUCUUGGAAUUCGAUUAUUUGGGGUUGUUCAAAAGAAGGUGAAGUUGGACAUACAUUUGAACUUCUUCGCAAGAUGCAAAUGGAAAAAAUAAAACCCGAUCAGGUAACCAUUCUAAACGUCUUAAAAGUUUGCUUACAUCAUUCACAUCUCUUAAAGGUAAAGGAACUUCAUGGAUAUUCAAUUCGACAUGGCAUUGAAUCUAACGAAUUGGUGGCAAAUGCUUUCAUUACAGCUUACACAAAACAUAGGUCAUCAUAUUGUUUGGGUGAAAAUACUUUUAACCUCAUGAAAAACACAACAGUAAGUUCUUGGAAUACACUUAUCAGUGGCUCUGUGCGAAAUGGUGAUCCUUUAAAAGCGAUAGAUUUAUAUGUUAAAAUGACAUCUUUUGGGAUUCAGCCUGAUUUGCACAACAUCAGUAGCUUGCUUUUAGCUUUUCAAGACCUCAAGUUGCUUAACUAUGGUAAACAAACUCAUGGGUUUGUGGUUAGAAAGGGGUUAGAAACCGAUUCACAUAUCGGUAAUUCAUUAAUUUCUUUUUACAUUCAAUGUGAGAAACCAAUGUCUGCAAGGUUCGUGUUUGAUAGAUUGGUGAAUAAAAAUUUGGUGUCAUGGAAUUCAAUUAUCACUGGUUACUCACAGAAUAAACAACCAAACGAAGCAUUAAAUAUCUUCCGAAAAAUGGUGUUUAGUGGGACCCAACCGUAUGAGAUUGCAACCACAGGUGUGUUAAGCGCUUGUUCACAGUUGUCAGCUCUAAAGCUAGGAAAAUCGAUCCAUUCUUUUGCUUUAAAGAAAAACCUCACGAGGGACGUUUUCGUAAUAUCUUCAAUCAUAGACAUGUAUGCGAAAACGGGCAGCAUAAAAGCUGCCCGGAAUGUUUUCAACCGGUCAGAUAAAAACCAUGUUGGGCUCUGGACAGUUCUGAUUGCAGGCUAUGCGAUUCACGGGCAGGGAAACGAAUCCAUAAAGCUGUUCAUAGAAAUGAAAAGGUUUGGAAUGAAACCUGAUCAUUUCACCUUCAUUGCCAUUUUAAUGGCAUGUAACCAUGGUGGAUUAGUCAAAGAAGGUCUUGAAUUCUACAAUGAGAUGGAUACUGUUCAUGGAGUCGAGCCAAAAAUCGAGCAUUAUGCAUGUUUAAUCGACAUGCUUGGUCGUGCAGGACGUUUUGAUGAUGCUAUGAUUGUUAUUGCUAAAAUGCCUGAAGAACCUGAUGCUAGAAUUUGGAGUUCAUUGCUUAGUUCAUGUAGAAUUCAUGGUAAUAUGGAGUUGGGAAAAGAAGUUUCUGAAAAGUUGUUAAAACUUGAGCCAAGUAAACCAGAAAACUAUGUGUUGUCAUCGAACCUUUUUGCAAGUUUAGAGAAGUGGGAUGAUGUUAGAAUGAUUAGGGAAAAGAUGAAGAAGAUUGGGGUGAAGAAAGAAGUUGGUUGUAGUUGGAUUGAAGUUGAAGGGAAAGUAUAUAACUUCCUUGCUGGAGAUAAUGGAGCUGAAGAAAUGUAAACUCAAAAGUAACAAACUUUUCAUAUUUUAUUGGAGAAAAGAAAUCAUAUAUAGAUAGAUUUAAACAUUGAGGAAUCACUUAAAUCAUCAUCCUAAAUGUAUCGAUGCUAAAACUUCAAAACCAUACUAACCUUGUCAUGUUUCAGAGUUAACUAACUAGCAACCCUUUCUGCUUUCCUGCUUUCAUAAUCAGGAUCAUCAGUUGGCAACUCAUGGCGACAAACUGGACAUGUAUUUCGUAUACAUAACCAAGGAAUGAUGCAAUCUUCAUGGUAAUGAUGAAUACAAGGAAGCUGUUUUGCCUUUUCCCCAACACCAAUUUCAUCCUUGCAAACAGCACAAAGUGUGUUGUUUUUUUCAACAUGUUCAAGAGUCAUAACCACAGAUGGAAGAUUCUCAACUGCCUUUUUGGAAGCAGGUGGUUGAACUAAACCUGAGUCACCGUUAUCUGCAAACUGCCCGAAUAACAUCUCGUGUUCUGCAUCAUUGUAGUCUUCAAACUGACCUUCUAGAUCUGGAUUUGCUUCAAGAUUGUGAACAUUCAAGAAAACCUCCCACUCAUUGUAGUUAUUGGCCUCUGUGGUAGUGGGAUUUGCUUCGUGAUUAUGAGAAUUCAGGAAUAAUUCCCACUCGAGAUCAUCUACUGUGGUGUUGUUGUCAGCCUCUGCGUCCAGAAACAUGGUCAACACUUCCCUUUCGUUGACUCCACCGUCUACUUCCUCCCACUCAAAAUGUUGUUGUGCAGGUAUGUCCCAUCUUGAAUGAUCAUCGUCUUCUAGCUGAAAAGCAUCCCAACAUAGCCUAAGACUUGCUUCAUCAUCACCGAAAUCAUCGUCCACACCAAUAAUCUCGUUUACAUGAUCCUCAUCGGAAUCAGUCACGCUUAAUCCACUCAUGAAAUAUGUUGGAUCUCUCGAUUCAGAUCGAGCACCACUGCUGCUGGUCCUCCUCGACACGAAGAACUCAUCACCACAAUCAGCAACCAUAAAUCCAGAAUUGUCAUCACCUUCGUCGUUACAAUUACGAACUUCUACCGGAAACCCUAACCCUAAUCCUGACUCAAAAUCCAUCUCCAAAUUGUGUGAAUUGAUAUCCUCGUUCCAAUCACUAACUCUAACAAUACGAUCAGAAUCACCCAAAUCGGUGUCUAACAUUACACGCGACGAAGAAUGCGAUCGCUCAACUCGAUGAUGGAACAUAUCGAUUACGAAGUUUACCUCGUUUUCGAGAUCGAAUGGAGUAGAAGCAUUGUUUCCGUUUAAAACGCGGAUCGGAUUCCGAUCGGAGCGGCGCCUUUGUCGGCAAAUGAAAUAUUCCGAGGAAGGAAAGUCGAGAUCUGAAGGCGAAACGUCGAAGCCGUCGAGAUCUUGAGACCAGUCAUGGCUGCGAGGAGAAAGGGAGUUUAGAAGGUCGUCAUUUUCGUUAUCUUCAUCAUCUUCAUGGAGAUGAAGGUUGGAAAUCUCCGCCAUCAUUGAAAAAGGGGUGUGGUUUUUGUUUAACGGUGAAGGCUUCUGCAUUGUGUGUGAGCGUAGGAUAUUCACUAUUCAGGUAAGCAAAAAAAGUUUUUCUCCGGCCCCUUUAAAAAGAAAUCCGUUUCAAUAAUUUUUCUUUCAGAGACUGGUUUUUGAUA